CGGGCGGUCCGGAGCGGCUGAGCCGGUGGCCCCGCCGGCCCCCAACUCCGCGAGUCCCCGGCCCAGGCCCCCUCCCCGCCGCCACCAUGCAGGAGCUCAUCGCCAGCGUGGACCACAUCAAGUUCGACCUGGAGAUCGCGGUGGAGCAGCAGCUGGGGGCGCAGCCCCUGCCCUUCCCCGGCAUGGACAAAUCGGGUGCUGCUGUCUGUGAAUUUUUUUUAAGAGCUGCUUGUGGAAAGGGAGGCAUGUGUCCUUUCCGACACAUCAGUGGAGAAAAGACAGUUGUUUGCAAACACUGGCUCCGAGGGCUGUGCAAGAAGGGAGACCAGUGUGAGUUCCUUCAUGAGUAUGACAUGACCAAGAUGCCUGAGUGUUAUUUCUACUCCAAAUUUGGAGAGUGCAGUAACAAAGAAUGUCCGUUCUUGCACAUUGACCCAGAGUCUAAGAUCAAAGACUGCCCCUGGUAUGACAGAGGCUUCUGUAAACACGGUCCCCUCUGCAGACACAGACACACUCGAAGAGUCAUUUGUGUGAAUUACCUGGUGGGAUUCUGUCCAGAGGGGCCCGCUUGUAAAUUCAUGCAUCCUCGAUUUGAACUGCCUAUGGGAACCACAGAGCAACCACCACUGCCUCAGCCAACACAACCACAGCAAAAGCAAAAUAACAAUCCGCCAUUACAAAGGUCAUCAUCCUUGAUCCAGUUAACGAGUCAGAACUCUUCUCCCAACCAGCAGAGGACCCCACAAGUCAUCGGUGUUAUGCAGUCUCAAAGCAACAACGUGGGGAACAGAGGUCCCCGGCCGCUGGAGCAGGUCACCUGUUACAAGUGUGGUGAAAAAGGACAUUAUGCCAACAGAUGCACCAAAGGACACCUGGCCUUUCUAAGCGGACAGUGAGACAGCAUAGAGGGAGGAGAGUGCAAGGAGGUUCUUUACACUGGGGAAAGGUUUCCACCUAGCACUAAUUCUUGAACUAUCGAUCAGUUUUGUUUUGUUUUUUAACGCCAUUAGUGAAAGAACUGUGGCCAGGGGCUGGCUGCUGAUAAACAUUUUUGUAACUGUCCAAUUUUUUUAUGUUUUAACCUUUUAAAAUAGAUCUUGGCCUCUGCCUUUUUUCACUGAGCCUAGUUGGGAGGUAGAUCUAAUGGCAAAUAAUGUGCAAACCCUCACCAACGUAACAUUCAGCGUAAUACACAUCUUGCUGCAGUGUGUUUCUGUAAAGGAUAGCCUUUGGGAACCUCCAACCUUUCAGCAGUGCUUCUUCAAGGAGGAAGACAGACUGGAAGAACUAGUACUUGAAAUGCCUCCCACUUCAGUGAGGGAGCUUGCCAUGCAGUUCUUGAAAGGAGGCCCUAUGUUCCCUUAUUCAAUCUGAGGUUUCUUAACCUCCUCUGAUGGCUUACAUAACAUGUUGUGUACCAAGAUGUAAAGUAUUUGUCCGACUGAAAUAAAAGUUUGUAUGCUUUGGCCAGAAGCAUUUUCACCUCACUGUUGUGCAGGGUGAGAAGUUGGUCCUCGUAUGUGAAAACCACUUGUAGGGGAAUGGAUGUACAUUUAUGGUUUUAGCUGAAAUCACAAAAGCAUUGACUGUGGAAGAGGCGCAGGUCUGUUCUCACCAUGGCAACCCUGAACUCAGACCUGAAGUAGCUUUGAAGGUGUAACAGUGUAUGGAUACCAACAGAUGAAGUUAGCUGGCAUUCCCACAAGCAGUCAGUUGCACAAGUAUCUUCACAGGCUCUCAAAACAAAUAAGUGGAACUAUGUUUUCUUGAGAUUGCUUUUGGAUUGGACUCUUGAGUGUUAAGAGUAUCCUCUUAGGAGCAUGUUUUUCCAAGCCAAAACACCUUAAUUUUGUAAGACUUAGCCCUUUGAAAUAAUCAUAGAGAAUUAAAAAAGAAAAGUCCAGCUCUUGUAUCUCGAAUAUGUGAGCCUUUUCUAGCCUUGAGCAUCUAUCUACAUUUGCUUAUCUGCCUUAUGUUUUUUCCUUCCUGUUUUAAAGCUGACUGUGAAACUUAGGUUGUGAUUUUUUCAGAAAAAGGGUAAUGUAUGCCUGGGAAGUGAUAAGACCCUGUGUUGGUUUAAAUGAUUACACAGGACUGUUGAUUUAAAAAAAAUUGUAGAAGAAGCUGUACUUACUGAUACGCCCUCUAGUACACAGUGGGUAUUCAGGCUUAAAAGUUAAAAUUAAAUCCACAGGUGUAAGUUGGCUGACUGUAGCACUGCUCAUUCUGCAUUUUUCAGCACACACACACAUCAAGACUUCUGUCCCUGAAGUCUAUAAUCAGGUGCUAAACUUGUUUGUACUUCCAGCACAGGGUUGUUAGAAACUGUGCAUUUCUAAGCAAGUACCCCGUCUACACUCCAUAAACCAAAGCAUAUCUACUUGAGAGUAUGGUCAGCUUGUGUAAGUAACUUUUUUCAAGCCAGACGGUAAUUUUAUCUUUAUAAUACUGCUGAACACAGAAGUGCCCCCUGCCAUCCUCCAGCAAGACCUUUAUUCUAACCGUGUUCUUAAUAGGCAGGGGCCUCUGUACCCCCUUAACAGUUGUUAGCUUUAGACAAAACAACUUCUUGUAAUUUAUCCAUAUAGCACUCGCCCCUGCAUUCUUCUGAACUGUGGCAUCAUUACUUACUGAUGUGUUUUGUUAAUGUAGGUGGUCCCAAGCACAUCAAAACUGUGCUUCUUUAAGUGACAACCAUGUACUCCAUUGCUUAUUUAGACUUUCACCAUCAUGGUUGGAAGUGUCAGCUGGCAAACAUUUGCUGCUGUAGAAGUUUCAUUUCAUCCCUCCCCACUUUAUUUAAAAAAAAA